AUGCCAGGUGCACAAUAUUAUGAUGGUAAAAAGUUAAAUAUUCCAAUUUCAAAAGAGGCUGCAGUUGAACUCAUUGAACGAUGGAUUCAUCAGGGAAUAAGCAGUAUGAUGGCUUGUAUUGCCACCCAACGCCUAAGCAAAUUAAACGAAUAUGAACGGAAUCGAGUGCAAAAGUGUUCACAAGCCGCUCAGGACAUUUACGAACAGGCAAGAUGUGUAGUCCGAGCCAUUGAUGCAAAACCGAAACAGAUGGAUCCUACAAGAAUUUCACAUAUGCAAAAGCUGCAAAAAUUAAUGGAUGGAAAACAGAAGAUAGUCGGUGCUAUAAUCCAAUCUGAAUCACAUCACAUCGAUUUCAAUCGAAGCAGGAAAAGGGAACAGGUGGAAUUCCGAACACGGCGAAGUGUAAUCAAUCGACACAGUUAUAAGUUACACACUGAAUACGAACAUUUGACACCUUUUGGUAUUCUCGGCAAAUACUUAUCGAAGAUGACAAGAAUUAUCAAAAAUAAGGACCCAAAUUCAUCAUGGAAGAAAACGAUGUAUGAAAUCGAAAGUUUAAAACGACGAGAACAAGAAAAAAAAGAUUUCGCUGAGCAAUUACAGAAACGAUUUCCAUUCAGUUUCAAAAAUGCGGAACCUAAACUAACACCAGAAGAAAAACUCUUAGCGAAAGAAUUACAUAUAUCGAAACAUCUUCUGCAAGGUUUGGAUAAAAACAAUGUGAAAACAAAAAAAACUUUGGAAAUUGUUCGACUCUUUCAACGAGCAGUUAAACUUGCGAUGGUUCUUAAUGGUGCCAACGGUACCAAAUUAGAAAAUAAGACACUCAGAUUUGGUUCACCGCGUCUGUUAUCAUUGGUACCUGACAAUGUUAAUGAUCAGAUUAGCAUCUUAUCUCCAUCGCUGUUCAGCAUGCAUGAUAAAGGCAAAGGCUUAGAAGCAUUAACCAGCAUUCCGGAAUUGCUGAAAGUUGCCGGUAAUAAGGAUUACGAGGAAUGGCUAAACUUCAUUAUAGAAGCAUCCGGUACAACUGAUGCAAUUCAUAAAUUGAAGGAAAAAGAUGAAUUAGAUUGGCUACCACCCGGUUAUAAAUCAAUGCCACGUGGAAUAGAUGGUCAACCGAUGUUUUUUACGAAGGAAAACGUGACAGAAUUUGAUCCUGAAUUGGCUAGGAAAGUGGAACUUUUCGAAAAUUUGACACAUUCACUUACGCCAAAACAGUUAAUGGACUUCAAUACAACCGGAUUCUCGAUGAUGACUCCAAAGCAACUGACAAUGUUCUAUGGCCCAAAGUCACCUUUAAACAACAGCAAAGCGUUGGAUUUCUUCAUGUCACUAAGUGAAGAUGACAUGCACCGUCACAUUCUUAGUGAUAUCCGUGAUAUGGCAAAGAUGCAUUCUUCUUUGAAAAUACGUCGAAAACGACAAAACGUACUUGCUCCUGCAGCCUUCGUCACUAAUAUCCUCAAUCCAGGCGGAGCACCAUCCGUCCUGUCACCUGCAGCAUUUGCACUAACAAUUUUUUCUCCAUCAGUUCUAGGUCCUUCUAUAUUAAGUCCAGGUGCGUUCCUUGCCACAAUCUUAUCUCCAAGUGUACUCAGUCCUGCGGUCUUGUCACCAGUAGCAUUUUCUGCUCUUAUCCUGUCACCAUUUUCCCUUAAUCCAGGUAUCUUAAGUCCUGCUGCACUAGCACCAUCUAUCUUAUCUCCGAACGCAUUAUCACCAGGUAUUGUAUCACCGUCUGUACUUUCACCAGCUAUUUUGAGUCCUUUUGCCCUAAACCCAUCCGUCUUUUCACCAUCUGCACUUGGCGGUUUGGUCGGAAGUCCAUUUGCCCUUUCACCGUCUUUCUUUUCUCCAUCUUAUAUUGCUCUUGUUAUUUUUUCACCGAGCGCUUUCUCACCCUCAUUCAAUUCGACCGGUAGGGGUGUCACGGUGCUGUUUUCACCUAGUAUAGGAAGUUAA